AUGGAGAUGAAUGAGGUGCAAAAUGAAAGGAAGAAGGAGGUGGAUAUAGCAGUAGUUGCAAAUGACGGUGCUCUUUUAGAUGAUGAUGGCAAACCCAAACGAACAGGGACAUUAUGGACCGCAGCCGCGCAUAUCAUAACGGCAGUGAUUGGUGCUGGUGUGCUGACAUUGCCAUGGGUGAUGGCUCAAAUGGGAUGGAUCCUUGGUAUAUCAUAUAUAAUAAUCGUAGGUACUGUCACACUCUACACAUCCAAUCUUCUAGCAGAUUGUUACAGAACACCAGACCCUGUCACUGGCAAGAGGAAUACUUACAUGGAAGCUGUUAAAACCAUCUUAGGUGGUAAAAUGCAUUUGAUAUGCGGAAUUGUCCAAUAUGCUUUGCUUAGUGGAGCUGCAAUUGGAUACACAAUUACAACAUCUGUAGGCGUGGUGUCAAUACAAAAAAUUAAUUGCUUCCACAAAAAGGGAAUUGAAGCUCCAUGCCAAUUUUCUAAUAAUCCCUAUAUGAUUGGUUUGGGAAUUAUUGAAAUCUUCUUGUCUCAAAUCCCCAAUUUUCACAAGUUAUCAUGGCUCUCAAUCAUAGCAGCAGCAACAUCUUUUGGUUAUGCAUUUAUUGGUAUUGGACUUUCUCUUGCUACCGUCAUCCAAGGGAAGGGAAAGAGUACCUCUUUAAUUGGAGGAAACAGUGAGCAAAGUUCAGAAGACAAAGUGUGGAAUAUACUCAUUGCAUUGGGAAACACUGCACUUGCUAGCAGCUAUUCUCAAAUUGCUAUAGAUAUUCAGGAUUCAUUAAAGUCAUCACCACCAGAAAAUAAAGUGAUGAAGAUGGCAAACAAAGUAGGAUUAUCAGCAAUGACAAUUAUCUUCCUCUUAUGUGCCUGUUCUGGCUAUGCUGCAUUUGGUUCCAACACUCCAGGAAGCAUCCUUAUGGGGUCUGGCUUUAAAGAGCCUUUUUGGCUUGUUGAUUUAGCCAAUGUCUUCCUUGUUGUGCAUUUGGUUGGAGCAUAUCAGGUCAUUGUCCAACCUAUUUUCGGCGUGGUUGAAUCGUUGGUUGGUCAAAGGUGGCCGAAAUCAAGUUUUAUAAGCCGAGAAUACUCAAUAGGCAUUUGCAACUUGAACUUAUUUAGGCUAAUUUGGAGAACCAUAUUUGUCACAAUAGUGACUAUUCUGGCUAUGGCAAUGCCCUUUUUCAAUGAAAUGCUUGCACUUCUUGGAGCUAUGGGGUAUUGGCCAUUAACAAUAUUUUUUCCAAUUCAAAUGUUUAUAACCAAACAAAAGAUUAGGAGACUAAGUAUCAAAUGGCUUGGACUCCAAACUUUGAACUUUAUUUUUAUGGUAAUAUCAAUAGCUACAGCAACUGCAGCCAUUCAUGGGUUCAGUGAAGCAUUUCAUAAAUACAAGCCAUUUAAGUAUAAAAUGUAG